AUGAAGCUUCAUGAAGCUUCAAGGAAGGUGGUGGUGAGUCAUUUCCCUUCCGUGCAGUAUAAAUCUGGAGGAGUUGCACGCGGUGGCCUUACUCCUCUCCACUUUCAUGCCUCCGGAGAAUGGCAACCAUGCCAAGGCUCUUGCUGUCUCACCGCCACUCGCUCGUCACGUUGUUAAUCGUAGGGGUCUUGAUGAUGACCUCACCUACAACGGUGGUAGCACGGUGGUUUGGCGGCGGGGGCGUGGGCGGUGGGCGGGGGGGCAGCAGUGGGCGGGGGGGCGGCGGAGGUAUUUGGCCUCGCGGUUCCUCCGCGUCUGCUGCCCAAAAGUCUCUCAGUGAAGUAAUUUUCCCCUUUGCCACAUACAUCUUUUUCUUUUGGUAAAGAGAGAGGGAGAGAGCGAGAGAUCACAAGACUUAUCUAGUGUUUCAUAGUGUGAUAGUUCUCCAGAUAUCUAUAUUGGAGUCUGUACUAUUGCUGGGAUUUCUACAUGUCUGUUUAAUUACUGA